AUGGUUCGAUACGCUGCUACCGAGAUCGACUCCGCUAAGUCGGCCCGCGCCCGCGGUGCCUAUCUACGUGUUUCUUUCAAAAACACCCGAGAGACCGCCCAAGCUAUUAACGGCUGGAAGUUGACCCGCGCUGUCAAGUUCCUGGAGAACGUGAAGGAGAAGACUGAGGCUGUCCCCAUGCGACGAUAUGCUGGCAGUACUGGCCGAACCGCCCAAGGCAAGCAAUUCGGCGUCUCCAAGGCUCGAUGGCCCGUAAAGUCUGCUGAGUUCCUGCUCGGUCUCCUUAAGAACGCUGAGUCGAACGCCGACGCCAAGGGCCUCGACACCAGCAACUUGAUCGUCAAGCACAUCCAGGUCAACCAGGCCCCUAAGCAGCGAAGACGAACUUACCGUGCGCACGGUCGUAUCAACCCCUACAUGUCGAACCCGUGCCACGUCGAGCUUAUCCUGACCGAGGGCGAGGAGGUUGUUCAGAAGUCCGAGGCGGCUGUACGUGAGCCGGCACACUUGAGCUCCCGACAACGUGGUGCUCGUAUCCGCCAGGCCAUCACUGCCGCGUAGAUUCUCUCGACAUGGAGAACGGGGCAAGGAUGUGACGAUUUA